GAGCACGCAUGCGCAGAUAAUCGAGCGGGCGGUUUACUGCCAAUCUCGCACGUGUGUUCAAAUGAAUCUAGUUGCGUUCCAGUGCUUUCCAGUAUCUACGAAGAAUUUCUAGUACUGUCGCCGGCUCGAUCGUCGUAUCAAGAGAUAUAUUCAGUGAAAGCUAAAGAACCGUGUGACGCGGAUCGACGUGAGCCACUGUGUCUCGGUUUACUUCCGAUAAAUAUUUCUGUCGUCUCAUUCUUGGCACGGAACCUCGUUACACGAACGCCACUGGAUAAGAGAAGCUGACGCACGCGAUAGGAGAUAAUUUUCCUUUGAUAAAUAAUUUUGUAACUUCUCGUUGUAGAAGAUCAUUAGUUUAACAAAAGAUGGUAUUAUCAAUAGCAGUGGAAAAUGGAAAAGCUAAUCCACAGAAGAAGCUCACCACCGUGGGUAUUGGUCCAGGCAACUAUCGUUUAGUCGGUUGGGAUAUGGACACUACUGGGAAGAAAGUUAUAGAUGAAAUAUGCCAAAUAGCUGGAUACACACCUAGUUCUUCAUAUUCUCAGUAUGUGAUGCCGUAUAAAGAUCUUAACCCUCCAGCCAUGAAAAGGCACAAUAUGAAAAUUGUAACUAUUGGAAAGUUCCGUGUCCUCAAAGACAAUAAAACUAAUAAGGCAUUAAAAACAAAAAGCGAGGUGUCUGCGUUGACAGAUUUUUUAACAUGGCUCUCAUCUAUAAGAGGAGAUGCAGCAGAUGGUAUAAUAUUAGUUUAUCACGAACCACGUAAAGUUAUCCCUGCCAUGUUGAUCGAAUCUUUAAAGAAAUAUAAUCUCCUGGAAAGAUUUAAACAAAUUGUAAAGGGAUUCGCAAAUGGAUUUAACGUUGCUGAAACAAAAUGUGCAGGCACAGUACGUGCGUUUACCCUUAGAACAUUAUCUCAGAGUUUAUUUGAGGAAGAGAAGCGAUUAGACAAUGCAAAAGACAGAGCAUGCUUGGCCUUACAAAUAGUACAACAUUUAAGUUCACUGGAAGUUGCAAAAGAGAAUGAAACAAAUGGUAGUGGUGAUAGCGACAGUGCCAUGAAAAACACUGUUGAAUUUAUUAGAGAAUUUGUUCAGCCAGUAGAAAUAGAAGAACAAGAAUAUGCAGAAUUAAAAGUGAUAUUCGAACGUCAAAAUAGUUUAAGACCAAUUUUCGUAUCUCUGUUCCGUGUGAAUCGUCGGGAGCGACAACAUGCUAGUCCUUUACGUCGAUUGCUCGCUGAAGCAGGAAUAGAAUAUACACAGUUAGAAGAAGCCUGGAAUAAUGGAAAGAAAGAAGGCUUGGAGAAGUUAAUCAAGGAGAAAUUAACUACAACUGACGAGAAGAAAAUUGCAGAUUUAUUAGUCGUUCUUGAAGAUCACUUCGACCCCGAUAAGAAAUCAAAGUUGAGAAUAUCAAGAGACAAGACUCAGAUAAAAAUCGAGAAGUCUAGUAACGACGAUAAAGAAAAUAAUAAUAAGUGUGACUCGAGUACCGAAAGUCCAGACACCACCACGCCUAAUUCGCCGCUUAAAAUCAAAUCAGAAUCUGAGAACAGCACGUUUAUCGCAGAAGAAUAAGAAUUAGGCAGCUCAAUUCUCUUUUUCAGUACCUUUUAACUAAUUGUAAGAUCAAUAUUACUGUUAUCAGUAACUGAGUUUAUAACCAUUCCGUUCAUUCUUAUCAUUACGUUAUUCUAGUGUGAUAAAGUAUGAGUGUUAUUUGUUGCAGUAUUGUUAUUUAAGUUUUUAUUUUCGUCGUAACGAAGUAUACGUUGUAUUCUUGAAGAAUACGAAACCCGACUUGAAUUAAAAUUAUGUACAAAUAACACUUAUUAACAAUUAUUAUUAUAUAUUUUUUUUUUUAGUUUGAUGAUCGAGGAAUAUUUAACGCUUGUUUAGUUUAACGAUUAAUUUUAUAAUCAUUGAUUUUUAUUUAAUCAGAUUAACAAGUCGUAACAAGUGAUUGUUUAGAGACUGUUAGAGACAUAUAUAGAAUAUAUAUUUGGACGCUAAAGAUUUUCGUUUCUCAUCGUUUCUAAGAUUAGUAAUAUAAUAUAUAUAUUUUCUUUCUUUGUUCUUCUUUUUUUUUUUUUACUUGAUGCUAGUGAGAUUUACGUAUAAAGUAAUGAUAUAUUAGGAAUAUAUAAGGAAAAUAUAUAGUAAUAUAUUUUUGUAUAUCAAAAGUUUAAUAAAACGAAUGAUGCAGCGAAAUGUUGCAUUUAAAAGAGUUCAAAUUUUGUUGUACUGUUAAAUACAGUUAAA